ACUUUUGUUAUUUAAAUGUUAAAAUAUUGAAUUUGUUGUUUGAUUUAGAGAGGCAGAGGAAGUGAAAAGGUGGAAUUGAACGGUGAAAUUUCAAUGGCGGGGAUUCAGAUGCUACCGUACGGCGACGUCGAUUCCAAUUUGAGGGCUAUGGCCGGGUCCGCCGAGGGUUUUGGCCGCCACGCCAUCGGCGGCCUCCAUGGUUCUCUGUAUAUCGUCACCAAUCUCGCAGAUGAUGGUCCUGGGUCCCUUCGCGAAGGAUGUCGAAGAAAUGAACCUUUGUGGAUUGUUUUCGAGGUUUCUGGUACGAUUAAUCUGUCGUCGUACCUGAGUGUGUCGUCGUAUAAGACAAUAGAUGGGAGAGGGCAUAAGGUGAAAUUGACUGGGAAAGGUCUGAGGCUGAAGGAAUGUGAGCACAUCAUCGUGUGCAACCUUGAGUUUGAGGGUGGUAGGGGUCAUGAUGUUGAUGGCAUUCAAAUCAAACCAAAUUCUAGGCAUAUAUGGAUCGAUCGAUGCACCCUUCGUGAUUAUGACGAUGGCCUUAUAGACAUCACAAGACAAAGCACCGAUAUCACUGUAUCCAGGUGUUACUUUGGGCAGCAUGACAAGACCAUGCUCAUUGGAGCUGACCCGACUCACGUUGGUGAUAGAUGCAUCCGGGUGACCAUUCACCACUGUUUCUUUGAUGGAACGCGGCAAAGACAACCACGUGUGAGAUUUGGAAAAGUUCAUCUGUACAACAAUUACACCAGAAACUGGGGGGUUUAUGCUGUUUGCGCUAGUGUGGAAUCCCAGAUAUACUCUCAAUGUAACAUAUAUGAAGCAGGAGCUAAGAAAAAGACUUUUGAAUUUUAUACGGAGAAGGCGGCAGAUAAGGAAGAGCAAAAGUCCGGCAUCAUAGUAUCAGAAGGAGACAUGCUUUUGAAUGGUGCACAGCCAUGCCUGCUUACACAAAAUAGAGAGGUGGCCAUGUUCCAUCCUAGUGAAUAUUACCCGACAUGGACGAUGGAAGCAGCUGCGCAUUCUCUCAGAGAGAUCCUCCAAUUGUGUACAGGUUGGCAAUCCAUUUCUAGGCCAGUAGAUCGUAUGGUCUCUAAUUAAGAUUCAUUGCAUGAGUCGGACGGAUCCAGUGACUUUUUUCUAAGAAAAGUUACUGUAAUUUUAGUUAACUUUCAUGUGUUAAGGAUCAACUUCAAUUUUUUUUAAAAAAAAUAAUAAUAUAAAAGAAACCAGAUAAAUUAAAAUUAAGUGACUUUUCCUGAAAAAAAAGUCACUCAAUCCGUUAUGGAUGAGAACACCUUCUACAUUAUGUGGAAACCAUUCACAUUACAUCAAGCACAUUUAAGAAUGAAGCUUUAAUUUGUCCUUUAUUUAAUUCGAGUUGUACUAACAUAUUGUUGUGUUCUGUAAACAUAGCCAACUUUGUGGUUC